AAUACUAAAGAACGUAUGACGCGUCACAUUCGUACGCUUACAAGUAUUUUGAAUAAUUGUGCAAUCAAGUAUUCAUCGUCGGUAUUUAACUGUCUCUCGAAACGUCCGCAUCGCUGUCAGGAAAAACCAGUCGUUCUCAGUAAUACCACAAGUGUUUAUCGGUUUCCUUUGGAUAAGAACGAUCCAACGAUGAAGUGUCUUCCAACAGCAUUUGUAUUUGCGGUGAUGUUAGCCAUCGGUUUCGGCCAAUCCAGAAACGAACCGUUCGCCGAGAAACCAGGUUCCUGCCCACCAGCUCUGCCGGUUCAGAUCUGCAGUCAGUCCUGUUUCUCCGACUCGCACUGCCAAGGAAUUGGCAAAUGUUGUUCGACCAGUUGCGGAGGAACCGUCUGCUCGAGACCAGUGACCAUGAGGCAAACAGUUUCACCUGAGAAACCAGGUUCCUGUCCAGCGGAGCCAAAAGGCAGAUGGGUGUGCUCGCCGACCUGCAGCGUCGACAGCGACUGCAGAGGAACCUCCAAGUGCUGCAAGAAUCGUUGCGGCGCUCUGGCUUGCCAGAAACCAGACGUCGAGCUGAUCGAAUCCGUCGACUUUUCGGUUGUCCCGCUACCAGAGGAUCGUUACAACGUGCUUAGGAAUCCUUACAACGUACCCAGGAAUCCUUACGUCCCCAGAAACCCUAACGUCAGCCCUUACUACUUCUACGAUAGGAAAUAGAUCAAUUAUAUUAUAGAUCAUUUACGAAAACAACUCUCAACUCGAGCUGCAUUCCUGUACAUUAUCGGACGUCAUUAAAUUUCUCAUUCUCUUUCGCGAGAAUAAGAGAAAUUUUCGCGUCUUAAACUACCUGGCGAGCAGGCUUACGUUACGUGUAUUAUUAAAUUACCGAACCGCAUUUGCAUCGAACCUUGAACCUUGCACCUUGAACAGUACGCGCUACUAUGUUCAGACUCGAAACGUAACAGGUUGACAAAAGGAGAAGAUGAGUCGUGUCAAUCUUCCGAGACGUAAGACGCGUUUUAUUAAUAAUAAUACUCAUUACCUGCGCGUCUCAGAAUCCCUCGAAUCAUGACACGCACCGAUGCGAGCGAGUUACAUCUGCAUUCGAGAAUUUACCAUUUAAUAUUUACACGGAUCAACUACGAAUACAAAGUUUACAUAAAUAUAAGAAUAAAAUACUCCUUUGUGACAAUUACAA